AUGAAAGUUGUGGUGUUGGUGUCCGUAUUGUUUGCGCGGUUGAUGCUGCUAUGCUUCGCGACGAAAUUCGAUCCUCAUUUCUUCCGCGCGACAGCUCGAGUUGGUUUGAGUGAAGUCGCUGAAGCUGAAACAGGAAACGAUUUGGUCACUCCGAUUAUCUGCUCGAGUACUGCGGCGACAGCGUUCUUAGGUUUCGAGUGCACUACGAGUUCAAGUUCAAGUUCUAGCUCGAAGGCUGCAGCAACGGUGUCUCACACCGCGACGUAUAACUUGCACGCAUUGGCUAUUGGAGACUGGGGCGUGGAUCUUGGUCUCGGUUCGUGCUGCAAUGUCUACCGUAAGACGGGCACCGGGAACAAGGAGUACUACAAGGACCAACAGGCACAGACGAAUGUCGCUCAUCUACUAACACUGUCGACUAAGAAGCUGCAGCCUAAAGCAAUUCUCGGACACGGGGACAACUUCUAUUGGAAUGGAUUGGGAUCCGAUGAUGUAAACUACCGCUUCCUCAACUCAUUCGAGACCAUGUACUCGGACCCUGCGCUGCUGAACAUCAAGUGGUUCAAUGUAGCCGGUAACCACGAUAUCGGCGGAUCCAUGUUCAUUUGUGGUAAACGAGACAACCAGUUUGUCGAGUGCUCCGGUAAGACCGAUUUACUCAAGCAACUGGACGAGAAGUUCACGAGGCAGAGCAAAUACGUGAGUCCGAACAACGACCGCUGGCAAAUGCCCGAUCGUUACUAUGUUGAGACUCUGGAAGAUCCAGACUCUGGAGUUACAGUCGACGUCUUUAACAUCGACACGAACGCUGCGGCUGUUCACGGUGCCCAGCAAACCUGUUGUCAGUGCUACGGCUACAAAAUGAAGUACGGAGGCAGUCAGAGCUGCUCGAAUGUGGCUCGUGGUGACGAUUUGUGCGCCGGAGGAGACACGGACAUGUUCGAUGCCUGCAUGGCACAGAUUGCAGCGUGGCAAGCUGAUUCCCUGAAACAACUAGCACGAGACGCUGCUACCUCCACCGCGACAUGGAAAGUGGUGAACACGCACUACUCGCCUCACUUCCACAUGGACCCGACAAUGAUGGCAGAAGUGAACAGCAUUCUGAAGAAAGGUGGCAUUCAUCUCUACAUGAAUGGCCACACCCACGCCGAAAGUCACGAGUUCGGGUCUUUUAAUACGCAUUUCGUGACGAACGGAGCUGGUGGCGGCAUCCAGAGCGAAAGUAUCGGUGAACCACCUCCAUACGCUACCGAGAUCAAACCGAUCUGGCGUGGCGAGAAUGCCCCCUACGGCAUUUUCGAGCUUUCGUUCGCAGCAGAACAGAUGAAGUUGCAAUUCGUGACUUUUGACGAUGACUGGGUCUUUGCUGCGAACAAAGCCAACACAGUCAAGGGUGGGGCCAAAUUGGGUCACUGCUGGCUCAUUCCGAAGGACGGAUCGUUGGGUGAAGCGUGCUAG